CAGGUGUCAAAACAAACCCGCCCACGAGGGAAAGUUUCAGAGGUCACAAGAAGAAGCAACCUGUCUCAGCACCGGGGAUGGCCUCUCACUGGAUAAUUGUGGGUGUCUCCAUCUUUCUCUCCGUCCUCACUGUGACUGCCUCCGAGGAUUGGGCCUUUGACAAUGCUCCGGGAAUAGCUAUGGAGUACAAAGUCCAUAUUGAUGCCGGUAAAGAGGACUGUUACUACCAAUAUGUGCAUCCCUCUGCCACUAUCUACGUGAACAUGCAGGUCCUGAAAGGAGGUGAUGGGAUGGCUGGCAUGGCAGUACGCAAUCCAAGAGGAGAGAUUGUCUACCCCUACUCAUGGAAGCAGUCAUCAGAGUAUGAAGAGGUGUCUCAGACUGGGGGCUACUAUGCUGUGUGCAUUGAUAAUCAAUUUUCUCGUUUUGCUGCCAAACUCGUCAAUCUGUAUAUAACAACAUUCAGAUAUGACUUAUGGGAAAAGUAUACACAGGAAAUAGAAGACCUAGACAUCAGCGUCACAAACUUUACUCACUCAAUAAAAGGCGUUGAUCAACACAUACACAAUAUUCUUCUCUUCCAAAGUCAAGCAAGAGCCAAGGAAUCCCGAGACUUUCAGUUACUCAUCAGCAACAACAAUUAUGUCCUGUACUGGUCAUUACUUCAGUGUAUUGCCAUUAUUGCAACAGGUGCUUUACAAGUAUACUUUGUGAGGAAGCUGUUUAGCACAGAUAUGGAUACAAAAUCUGGUAGAAGAGCUUAGCAAGCAUUUUGUGAUGAAUAUAUAAAUGAUUCUUUAUUGAAACAUCACAAUUCUUUCUUUACAGACAAUUAAGGUUUCAGCUUUUUUGGUCACAAAUGUUUAGCUAAUGUAGAGUAACCAUUGUUUGUAUAUUUUUUUAUAGACAUUUGAUAUAUGUUUUCAUAAUAUGCUUUUAUGAAGCAAAGUUUUAGUACUUAAAGCAGCAGCUUCCAGCAUGAAUCUUAUCUGUGAUGAUAUGGUACUUGAAUCUCUGCAUUCCAUUUUUUAUAUGAAUCUUCACACACGUAUUUUUAUAAACAAAACUUGCAUAUAGGAACCCCAAAGUGGAUGAAACAUGGUAAUGAAUGAUUGAGGUCUUUUAUGCGUCUGGUUGAUGUUUAUUUUUAUUUGGAUGGAUUUUAUGUUCAUUGUAUUAUUAAUAGUAAUAGCAUACAAUCAAUCCUUUGGAUGAACUUUGUAAUUUUAUAUUUGUUGUCAGACUGACCUGAUUGCUUAGUGCACAUGUACACGAGUGCAGAGCAGAAGCUGUCAAUGUAUGUUUCUUUUUGUGCUUGUUUUUAACCAUGACCACGAAAAUGGCAUAAUACAUGUACAGCAUUUCCCAUCUUUUCAGAUAAAGAAGGUACUAAAUAUUACAUUACCAAAUCUGAAACUUAUUUAUUUUCUACUUCAUUGUGUAAUGGUCUACAAGGUAUAUAAUGUCAAAUAAACCAUAAAGCCAA